AUGAGACUCAGGUCAAAGAGAACCUUGACGCCCUACACGGAGACACCGAGGAAAAUUCGCCGACCCUCCGCGGACAAAACAGCUACACCUAGACGAACUCGUCCAUCGGUGCCAGAAAGUCAAUUGCAAGACAAGGUUGAAGAGACAGCUGAUGUCGAAGACGUCCCCAUAUUGGCGAGGCGCCUACUGCCUCGUGGGCGGCCGAGAAAGAGAGCCAUCGCUGCGAAUGAAGCAUCAGGUAACACCCGAAAACCCCUUGUCAUGACAUUUAAUUCCACCUUAAAGACCCCAAGUAGAUCUGUCUUGCGACAUGAACGAGUACUAUCUGAGAUGAGUCCGGUGUCUCCUCACAAUUCAGCGUUCGGGAAGAUGUACAGCCCCAUUGUUCGGUUCGUCACGCCGAGCAAAGAGAAUUACAAAGGUCAAGGAAACAAUGUGUUGAUGAGCCCAGAGCAAGGAGUGUUUGGUUAUGGCUCCAUGGACCUUCUGGUGGGAGAGGACGAUGACCAUGUCUUCAGUCCCUUCACUUUCAUGAAGAACUUGCCAUCACAGUCCCAGUAUUCCCAACCCAGACUGCCUGACAUCCCCCCUAAGACUAGGAGCACACCAGAGGCCACACUUGUGUUGGACCUGGAGGAAACAUUGAUGUUUGGCUCCCUGAACAUGAUCGACAAUGCCGAAUACACCUACCUGACAACUUUUCAGGAUCAUCAGUACAAGGUUUACAUGAUCCUCCGACCUUAUUUAAAGGAGUUCCUGCAGUCUGUGGCGAAAACAUAUGAGCUCUUCAUUUACACCUGUGCAAAGAAGGAGUACGCUGAGAAGAUUCUGGACAUCCUGGAUCCACGAAGGAAGCUCUUUCGCCACCGUCUCUAUCAGGAUGAGUGUGCGUGUGUCCUUGGGCACUACAUUAAAGAUCUUCGUAUCCUGGGGAGAGACCUUGCCAAGACUGUAGUUCUAGACAAUGCACCCCAUACUUACCCGUACCAUUUAAUGAACACUCUUCCAAUCAAGAGUUGGUCUGGUGAGCCAGAUGACCGAGAACUACAGAAGCUCAUCCCCUACAUGGAGAAACUUUCUGCAGCGGAGGAUUUUCGAGAGGUGCUGAAAAAGAGGAAGGAUCACUUCCACCGACUGCUGUCAGAGGACUGA